AUGUCUUCCAGCAUCCAAUCAUUGUUAAAAACUGAGAAAGAGGCGGCUGAGAUCGUCAAUGAGGCCAGAAAAUACAGAACUUCCAGAUUGAAGAGCGCUAAGCAAGAUGCUCAAAAAGAAAUUGACCAAUACAAGCAACAGAAAGAGAACGAAUUGAAGAAGUAUGAAGAAGACCACGCUGGCUUAAACGAGAACAUCGAAAAGGAGGCUGAUGCCCAGGUACAGAAGGAGUUGCAAGAAAUCAAGAAGAAGUAUCAAGAAAAGAAGAAGGAUGUCGUUAAGGUGUUGAUUGAUGCUGCAACCAAGCCAACCCCCGAAUUGCAUACCAAUGCUUAA